AUGAAAGUACUCACAGUUGAAAUAGAUGAUGACGAUGAUGAUAUAAAUCAAGAAGAUGGUGAUAUUAACAAUUCAAGAAAAGCUUUAUCCCCUAAAAACCUCAAUAUUCCAUAUGAUACUUCUAAUGAGACGCCUGGUAAUAGUAACGAUAUAUUAAGAAUGAAUGAACAGAAUGCUACAACAAUUAAUAUUCAACAAGAUGGAUCAUGUACUGAAUUUUUUGCAAAAGAUAAUUCUGAUGAUAAUGAUUUAGAACGUACCCUUGUCUCAUUCUUUUCUAAGAAAAAAGCUAAUAGUGACAGUGAUUUAGAACGUGUCAUUAGAUCAUUACUUACAAAACAAAAAAAUAAUGAUCAAAGCAAUGAUGACCUUGAUCAUUGUUUAUCAAAUAAAAAGCAAAGCCAUCAUGAAAAACUCAAAUCAUUAUCGGCAGUUAAUUCUCAAAUAAUUAAUAUUGAUGAUGAGCAAGUGCAAUUAAACAAAUCUAGAAAACGUUAUAGUAAUGAAGAAGAUAAUACUCGGUAUAGUAGAAGUCAAUGUCAACAGCGUUAUCAUGCUUCACUUGAAACAACGAAAUCUGCAGUAGCAGAAUCAGCUGAUCAUCCUUCAUCUGUGUCUAAUGGUAACGGAUUUACUAGUGAAGAUGUGUUUGACAUGUGCGAGGAAAUGAAAGUUUUAUUUAUACGAAGUAGAAAUCCUGGUCCAGAUAUAGUUACGAAUAUUGCAAAAAUUUUAUUGCCAAAUCAAGGAAAAAAUAGCGAGGGUGUAAAAUUCUUAAAAGGACGUGGUCUUGAAUAUUUAGCACAACACCGUUCACGACUUAAUAAUGAUAUUAGUAUUUAUGCAGAGGAAUAUAUAAAAAUUAAAGAGAUUUUAAAUAUUGAUGAGGUUCCAAAUGAAGAUGAAAUUGCACCAUAUAUUACAGAUGCAUUUGUUAAAGAUGUCUUUUUUUCACAAUUAGCCGUUAUUAAUGAAGAGGAAUUAUUUGAUGAUUCUACCAUUAUGAAUCCAUUAAAAAUAUAUUUAAAAAAAGCGUUUAGAUUACAUUUAACUCUUGAAGUAUCACAUUUAAAUAAUCCUAGAAUUGAUAAUCAUCACACGUUACAGCAAAUUAAAGAACUGGAUUAUUUGACUAAUGAUUUGAUCAUUCCAAACGUAACUCAGAAAAAUGCAGCAAAUCAAGUGGACUUGUCAACAAUUACACAAAGCCGUCGUACUCGUAGAUUAAAUAGAAGAAGUUUUAAUUUACAGUAA